AUGUUAAAAGUACGACUGAACAAGAAAGUUAAGAAUAGCAUCAAAAUGAAAGAAACACUUUAUAAGCCAGCAAAGAUUAAUGUUAUCUUAGUGACGAUUGUGAUCCUGUCCAGGGGCAAAUGUGGUCUCUUGAAAUAUGUCACGUGGUACUUGGUCGCCAUGGUAAUGGGGGAUCUACUGGUUGUUAUGCUUGAUCUUAUAUUGAGACACAUUCCCAUUGUUUAUGAUGAUCAGUUUCUUUUCCUGAGAUCCAUCCCUGUGUGUAAUAUCCACGCCGUCCUGCUUUUUUCAGCCACUGACUGUUCUGUUUGGUUCACCGUCACUUUCGCCUAUGAUCGAUAUGUUGCCAUUUGUUUCCAGAAGCUGAAAAGUAAAUAUUGCACUGAGAAAACAGCGGCUGUGGUUUUGGGAACAGUGACUGUGCUGAGCUGCUUAAAAAACAUUACCUGGUAUUUUAUAUUAACAGCUUGGUAUUCCCUGGAUAACGUCCCCUGGUUUUGCUAUGCGACAGAGGAAGCUGUGCAGUCUACAGCCUGGGUAUCAAUCGAGUUCCUCCAUCACAUUCUGACCCCCUGUGUCCCAUUUGUACUGAUUCUGCUGCUCAAUGUUCUCAUCGUCAGAUACAUUUUAGUGAGAAGCAGAGUCCGCAGGAGACUCCGGGCUCACGGCAGUGGGGAGAGUCCCAGAGACUCAGAGAUGGAGAGUCGAAGGAGAUCCAUCAUUUUACAGUUUGUUAUCUCAGCAAAUUUCGUCUUGCUUUGGGCUACGCUUAUGGUUUAUUCUAUAUGGAGACGGAUGUCAUUUUUGGGGCAAGAAAUUAUAUAUCCGGAUUGGUUUGUAGUGGAAUUGGGCUUCAUGCUGCAGCUCCUGAGUUGCUGCACAAACACCUGUAUUUAUGCCGUCACCCAGACUAAGUUCAGAGAGCAAUUGAAAAAUAUGCUGAAAUAUCCCUUUACUUCAAUUGUUUAA